GCAGAUUGAGAGUACCACACCAAUGACAGAUUCCGUGCCGUCACUGUGAGCGAUACAUCUCAAUCUAUCCGUUGCAACCUUGCAGAUAAUGGCCAGGUUGUUGCAGGUGCCUGGCAGGUGAGUUACCAGGAUGCAGCAAACUGAUUCCCCUGUUAUUUAAGCAUCGGUGGCGCAAGUCUAUUGUUCCCGCCAGAAGUCGCCGGCAUUCGCAAUGUUUCUCACACGCCUUUGGAGUUUCAGCUUUCUUCUUCUUCUUCUGGCGCUCGGUGCUACUGGAUUCGCCCGGUUGGUGACAAUCCCUACGAUUCCUUUUGUCGAGCGAAACGGCACAUUUUCUCUAAACCAUGUCACGAGCAUUGUGGUGAACUCACGCUAUACAGACCAUGUGGAUGAGCAGGGGCAGACUUUGAUUCCUCCAACGCUCAAGGAGUUCGCGUCGACAUUUCAAGAAGAUCUUCGGUCGUCGUUGGGCCUUGACGUGCCGCUCACAUUCAACAAGAGUAGAGGAGUGGAUUCCAUCUUUCUAACUCUCACCAAUCAUUCGGGCUUUCGCGAUGUUGCUGGGCGGUACACUUCCGAAGCAUAUGCGUUAGAUGUCGAUAGCCAUGGGAUCACGGUCGCCGGUGCGAGUCCGCUUGGUGUCUGGUGGGGUUCGCGCUCGCUGAUCCAGGCUGCGGUAUUGGGUGGCCAUGCUCUUCCACAUGGCUCUGCCGUUGAUGCGCCUGGCUGGUCCAGUCGAGGAGUAAUGCUUGACGUCGGUCGCCAUUACUACCCUCCCGACUUCCUGGUGGAGAUGUGCUCGUACCUGUCGUUCUUCAAGCAGAACGUGUUUCACCUGCAUCUUAGCGAUAAUCUCUAUAACAAUGUCGAUUUGUAUUCCACUCAAGAGUCAAUGGAUCUGUAUGCGGCGUUUCGUCCGUGGACCGACGACCCAGCGCUGGCAGGUCUCAACAAGCGCGCCAACGAAUCGUACACGCAGGCCCAAUUUGACCAGAUCCAGCUCCAGUGUGCUCGUCGGGGUGUUGCCAUCAUUCCUGAGAUUGAGGCGCCAGGGCACGCCUUAGCUAUCGUCCAAUGGCGACCGGAGCUGGGUCUUAAGGAUCUCAGCCUGCUCAAUAUCAGCCAUCCUGAUACACUACCGACCAUGAAAACCAUCUGGAAGACUCUCCUUCCUUGGUUCCACAGCAAGACCGUCCACCUCGGGGCAGACGAAUACAACUCUUCUCUGGUAUCUGACUAUACAGGGUUCGUGAACCAGCUCAAUGAGUACAUUCAGGGCGAGUCCGGCAAAAGCGUUCGGAUCUGGGGCACGUUCACUCCUUCGCAGGGCGCAAAUGUGUCUAAGGAUGUUUCGAUCCAGCAUUGGGAGUACUUUGAAGACAAUCCGUACUUUGACUACAUUCAAAACGGAUACAAUGUCCUUAACUCGGAUGAUGCGUUCUACAUUGUUGGGAAGUGGUCCGGGAGCUACCCUCAGUAUCUGAACAAGACCCGAGUAUUCCACGGCAAUCCCGCUACUGGAGGCGCCUAUGCGCCUAAUAUUUUCGACACGAAGAAUGCCACAAACAACCCACCGCGCGACGACCCUCACGUGUUGGGGCACAUUGCCGCGCUGUGGAACGACUUUGGACCGAACGCCACCACGGCCCUGGAGGCCUACUACUCGUGGCGAGAUGUCCUUCCUGCCUUGGGCGAUAAGCAAUGGGGUGGUGAUCUCCUCGAAGCCGAAUACGAUGCCGUAUCUACCAAACUUCACGCAGCAGUCCCCGGACAGAAUCUUGAUCGUCAGAUUUCCAGCAAGGGGAAGCGCAUUCUGGAAUAUCGGUUUUCCCACAGGAACGGCACCAAAAUCGCAGAUCUUUCCGGAAACAAUUACCACGGCACUGUCCAUGGAUGCCAAAUCCACAAUGACUCGGCCACAUUCUUCUCCCACCAGUGCUACCUGCAGACCCCGCUCAGCAGCAAAGGAAGAGACUACACGCUCUCCUUCUCUGUGAAGCCCACCUCUUCAGUCCCCGGGGCGCUUUUCUCAGGCCUCGACUCGACCCUACUGAACGGAAAUGGGUCGAUCAGCAACGUUAUGAUGGUGAGCGGUGGUGAGGCGUAUGUACUGAACUAUACUCUUCCGGUGGGUGUCUGGACGGAUGUGAGUUUGGUUGGCAAGGGUAAUCGGACGUUUCUUCGGGUGUCGGAGGCGAAUGGCCAGGAGGCUAGCCUGGAGUUUUUGGCUAGGUUAGGGGUUGACGGGGACAGUCUGGUUUGGGCGCCUAUUGCGAUUGAGGCGCCUUUGGCGAGGGUUGGGGAAGGGUUCACGGGGACGAUGAGGAGUCUUUCGCUGUGGGGUGUUGCAAAGUGAGGGUUCUCGGAUAGAUGGUCUGGAGGGAUAGGUGUGUGGUUUAAUCGUUGUUGACGAUGAGGUGGGAAUAAGAGGCUGAUGGAUUGGGGUGGCAGCAGAUGUGAAAACGAGAUACAUUGUUGCUGGCAGAGUUUCCUGCUCGGCCAGGCCAGUUAGCAAUCGAGAUAUGUGUCAUAUGCUCCCCCGGGUCCUCAAAUUGCCUUCAGCUGAGCUACAGGAG